AUGGAUCGUAAUGGCGGAAACUUCAGCCCAAAGCGGCGCAAGCUCGACUUUAACCCUCUGAGAUCCGAUGAUCGAUACGCCUCCCUGCCGAAUAGGUCCUCACGAACAGGCGCCGGCAAGGCGGCAUCGCGCGAAUCCAAGCCGAAACAGCAAGAGUUCGACACUCCCGAGCCGCUGGUGCCCGAAGAUGACCAGAAUGCACUGGACCGGGAUUGGUAUCUCGGCGACGAGAACGGGCACACUUUUGGCGAUGAGUCGCAUGACCCCUUUGCCUCGUACGACUCGUCAUGGGUCGAGCAGCGACACCGCGAGCAGGACAUGGUGGAGAAGAAGGCUGGACAGAAGCAUCUGAACGCACGACAACUGCAACGGCAGAAGGAUAAUGACGCCUGGGAGACCAACCGCAUGUUGACAUCCGGUGUUGCUCAGCGGAGAUUCGGUGACGACUUUGAGGAUGACGACGAAGGCACAAGAGUCCAUCUUUUGGUGCACGACCUCAAGCCUCCAUUCCUGGAUGGCAGGACAGUGUUCACGAAGCAAUUGGAUCCUGUGCCUGCUGUUCGGGAUUAUCAAAGCGACAUGGCCGUAUACAGUCGAAAGGGCAGCCGUGUUGUUAAGGAACGGAGACAGCAGAGAGAAAGGCAACGCCAAGCACAAGAAGCUACGAAUAUGGCUGGCACAAAUUUGGGCAAUAUCAUGGGAAUCAAGGAGGACGAUGGCGAUAGCGCACUACCAAUCGCUGCAGAGGAUGAAACUGGCAAGACGGGGGGCAACAAAUUCAGCGAACACAUGAAAAAGAGUGAGGGCGCUUCCGACUUCAGCAAAAGCAAGACCCUCAGGGAACAACGAGAAUAUUUGCCUGCUUUUGCAGUGAGGGAAGACCUAAUGAGGGUGAUUUCAGACAACCAAGUCACCAUCGUGGUUGGUGAAACAGGCUCGGGAAAGACGACACAGCUUGCGCAAUUCUUAUACGAAGAUGGGUACGGAAAUCGGGGCAUGAUUGGCUGUACACAACCUCGAAGAGUCGCUGCCAUGAGCGUGGCGAAACGUGUCGCCGAGGAAAUGGAAGUGAAGCUGGGAAGUACGGUGGGAUAUGCAAUCCGUUUCGAGGACUGCACAAGCGAUGAGACCGUCAUCAAAUAUAUGACCGACGGUAUUCUGUUAAGAGAGUCACUCAACGAGCAGGAUCUAGAUCGGUAUUCCUGUGUCAUUAUGGAUGAAGCCCAUGAAAGAGCUCUCAAUACAGACGUAUUGAUGGGUCUUUUCAAGAAAAUCCUGCAACGGCGGACCGAUCUCAAACUCAUCGUCACUUCAGCCACUAUGAAUUCGAAGCGCUUUUCCGAGUUUUUCGGAGGUGCGCCUGAGUUCUUCAUUCCAGGACGGACUUUUCCAGUUGACGUCAUGUUUCACGGAUCAUCAGUUGAGGAUUACGUUGAUGCAGCCGUUCAACAAGCCCUUAGGAUCCAUGUUUCAAUGGCGGCGGGGGAUAUUCUGAUCUUUAUGACUGGCCAGGAAGACAUUGAAUGCACGUGCGAACUACUCCGGGAAAGACUGGAUGCAUUGAAUGAUCCGCCAAAGUUGAGCAUUCUGCCGAUUUACAGUCAAAUGCCGGCAGAUCUGCAAGCAAAAAUCUUUGACCGUGCAGCACCUGGUGUCCGCAAAUGCAUCGUUGCCACCAAUAUUGCGGAAACAAGUCUGACUGUUGAUGGUAUCAUGUAUGUGGUGGAUGCCGGCUACUCGAAACUCAAGGUGUACAACCCCAGGAUGGGUAUGGAUACUUUACAGAUUACACCAAUCUCCCAAGCAAACGCAGGCCAGCGUGCUGGACGUGCCGGAAGAACUGGACCGGGAAAGGCCUUCAGACUAUUCACCGAAAAGGCUUUCAAGGACGAGCUUUACACCGCUACCAUUCCCGAAAUCCAGCGAACGAAUCUGAGCAACACCGUACUGCUGUUGAAAUCUCUCGGAGUGAGGGAUCUUUUGGACUUCCACUUUAUGGACCCUCCACCUCAAGAUGUGAUCACCACAUCGCUGUUCGACCUAUGGGCUCUUGGUGCUUUGGACAAUAUUGGAGAGCUGACCGAUCUGGGUGCGAAGAUGAACGCCUUUCCCAUGGACCCGCCCCUGGCCAAGCUAUUGAUCAUGUCUGAGGAAUAUGGCUGUAGCGAGGAAAUGGUAACCAUUGUCGCCAUGCUCUCCGUUCCCAACGUGUUCUACCGCCCUAAAGAGCGCCAGGAAGAGUCAGAUGCUGCACGUGAGAAGUUCUUCGUUCCCGAGUCAGAUCACUUGACUUACCUUCACGUUUACUCGCAAUGGAGAUCAAAUGGCUAUUCUGACGGCUGGUGCACGCGUCACUUUUUGCAUCCCAAGUCACUCCGCCGAGCCAAGGAGAUCCGCGAUCAGCUUCUUGACAUUAUGAAGAUGCAAAAGAUGGAAAUGAUCUCCUGUGGGACUGACUGGGACGUCAUUCGAAAGUGUAUUUGUUCUGGUUACUACCACCAGGCUGCAAAGGUCAAGGGCAUUGGCGAGUACGUCAACCUGAGAACGUCGGUCACGGUACAAUUACACCCAACGUCAGCAUUAUAUGGACUCGGCUUCCUGCCCGACUAUGUAGUCUAUCACGAGCUUAUUCUCACGAGCAAGGAAUACAUGUCUACUGUCACCUCGGUUGACCCUCAUUGGUUGGCUGAGUUGGGUGGCGUAUUCUAUUCAGUGAAAGAGAAGGGGUACUCGGCAAGAGAGAAACGUAUUACCGAAACAGAGUUCAACAGGAAGAUGGAGAUUGAGGCGCAGAUGGCGGCGGAUAAGCAGAAAGAGCAAGAUCGCCUGCUCGCAGAGCAGCAAACUAGUACGGUCAAGAAAGCCGUCAACGGAACAAAGGAUGAGAAGAAAAUCAAGACAAGUGGUGCAGUCAAGAAGCCAGUUGUGAAGAGAAAGGGCAGAGGUUUUUAA